UCCAACGGGAACAGAUCUGAAAGUGGUAACAAGAAAAGUUUGUCAUUGAAAAUGCUCUGCUUUAGUUUUUGCUGGCUGCUAGCCUUGUGUGGCUGCACUUUGGCCAACAUACAGAUACCGGAGGAGUAUCUGGCCGCCAUAAGGCAGGAUCGGGCAGAUGACCAGUCGGCAGGUGAGUAUAACUAUGAUAAACAGGGCGAUGAUUGGACUGGAACCUGCGCAACUGGAAGCAAACAGUCACCGAUUAACCUGAAUCUUGAUGAAUCAAAAAUAGUGGCCAUUCCCCGCCUGUGUUUCUACCACUAUGACCAAGCACUGCAAACUCCCUUGGUGAUUACGAAUAAUGGACACACAGCAAACAUGGUAAUACCUCCUACAAGAGGAGGCCAGCGCGCCGGAAUAAAUGGUGGCCUUUUGCCUGGCGACUUCGAGGUGCAAAGUGUACACUUCCAUUGGGGGUCGAAAAAUAGCAAAGGAUCGGAACAUUCUAUAGGCAAUAGGCGCUACGAUGUGGAAAUGCAUAUUGUUCAUAAGAAUGUCAAGUAUGACACAAUGGGCGAGGCAACGUUGCAUCCUGACGGUUUGGCCGUUUUGGGGGUGAUGUUAAGGUCAACGUAUAUACUUACUUUUCAAAACGGUCUCGACAAGAUAUUUAAUCAGUUGCCGAAAAUAGAGCAAUACAGUUCGAAUGCAACGAUAACCGGAACACUGACUGUGGGGCAGUUGUUGGGAGGUAUCAUUACGGAUCAGUUCUUUACUUAUAAUGGAUCUCUAACCACACCGGAUUGCGCCGAAGCUGUCACAUGGACUGUUUUUUCCGCUGUUAUAAACUAUUCCGGUCGUCAGAUUGCUAAGCUCUGGAAACUCAAGGACUCACGAGAAAAGCCACUCGUCAACAACUAUCGCAAAAUCCAAGAAAUCAAUGGAAGAGAUGUUUAUUUUAGAGCACUUUAAAGUUAGCAUUACUAAAUUCAAAAAUGGUAAAAUGGAUUAUUAAAACCAUUAAAAGAAAACUAUAAAAUAAAAUCGGAAAUAUGUAGAUACAGACUUCUAUGAGAAUGUUUGCAAUGCAGGACCCAGAAUAUGACUGCGCUUAUGACAGUUUAAUUAAAAAAAUAUUUAUCACAAUAAAAAAUCAGCUAACUUGAAAA